AUGAACCCUCAAGUUCUGGAGGAUCACGUGAAGGAGCAGGAGAAAUUAAUAAGGAGGAUGGCGGCAAACAUGGAGUCGAUGAAGCGCCAGACCGUUUCUUCAGCCCAAUCGUUCUCAGAAAUUACUCUCUCUCAUUCUCGGUCGUCGCCGCUGCCCGUUGCCACCGCCCAGACCUGUUUUGCUUUCGCCGCCGCAUCCGCCGCCACGGAGAAAAGCUCCCAAAGCUGUUGGCGAAGAUCUCUACAGGAUCUCGCCGGAGCUCCUCCACCGAAGAAUCCAACUGAUGGAUUCACAAAUAUUCCAUUAACAGAAUCAAACUUCAAACUGCAGAAACCAUAUGACAUACCACUUGAGCAGCGCUGCAGCUUCCAAAAUGGAGUUCACCGCUUGUGGGUCAAUGCCGAUGACAAGCCAUAUAACCCCAGUAGUCCUACCCAGCCCCGCACCGAGAUUCGCAUACUAGGCCUUGACUACUCAUCCGGAGUUUGGCAGUUCGAAGGCUAUGGUUUUGUCCCAAACUCAACCUCCGGCACUACAAUUGUGCAGAUCCAUGGCGCGACCAAUUACACCACAACUAUCAAACUGAGGAUCUACAAUGGGGACAUGAGCUUCAGCAAUUCCAAGGGCACCAAAUCCAUCUGCAUCAAGGGCAAGUUCACAAACACAAAGGGAAACUUUAGCAACAAGAGCAACUUCAACAUCAGAGGCAACAAUAGCAGCAGGAACAAGGACAACACCAACAUCAACGAGUGCAACAACAACAACAACAACAAAGGCAGCAUCGUCACAAACAUCUCAAGCAUCAAGGGGAGCAACAUCAACACCAACAAUAGCCUAAUUUACAUGGAGAAGGAGGAAUGUUGUGAACUUGUCCUCACUUCAGAAUGCAUCUGCCUCUUAAGGAGAAGAACCCAAAGUAGGGGUGUUGUUUAUUUUGAUUAUCAAACACUUUUGACAAUGUGGCAUGCUUUGUCUAUGUAGUUAUGGAUACUGCUAGCAUGUAAUGUGGCAUGUUUUGCCUAUGUAGUUAUGGACAUCAUGAACAUGUGGCCAUUUUGACUUGGUGGAUACCAACAAUAUAUUUUAUG